CACGUUUAUCAAGAGCAGACAUCAAAACAACAUACUGUUGAUGAUUUCCGUUAUACUUUAUCGGAUAAUAUUAUUACACAGCUUCUGUUAGAAUACACUUAAGCUAGGAAAGGAUCCUAGACUACGUCGAGAGUUUGCCGCAGGAAAUAAAUCUCGGAGGCGGGUUGUGGAUAAAGCAGAAUCAAGGCGAUAGGAAUUUCAGACAAAAUGAAAUACCUGGCAAACCUAGGACUGGCGGUGAAGCUCUGGAUAAGAGGUUACUGGACAGAAUCAGCGAGUAUGUUCGAACACAUCGGGUGGAGUUCCUCAUGCCUCAGGGAGCCCUAAAGGAAUUGGAUAAGGCAGUUGUCGAAGGCAGGAAAAAGAAGGGUAACAAAGGAGGCGGUGGAAUGGGCAUGAGAGGGAUGAUGAUGAUGUUCUACCUUAAAGCGGCUGCAUUGGGCGCUAUCGCGCUCAAGUUCAUCGGUGCUGUUGCAUUCAAGGCCCUUCUUGUAGGCAAAAUUGCACUAACAAUAGCCCUAGUGAUUGCACUCAAGAAGCUGACAGAUCAACAGCACCAUACGUCGACAUAUGAAGUAGUUGCCCCUCAUCACUAUGAUGAUGCUUCGCACUAUGACAGGUCGUUUAAGGUGGAUCCUAGUUACAAGGACAGCAUUGGUGGAGUUAGAAGUUAAAAAAUAUAACUAAUAAUAAAAUGUUCUCAAGAUAUCCGAGAUUUGUUGUAUGCGGACGAGAGUAUGUCAAAGUGUAGUUAUAGAACCAUCAAUCACAAAAGGCAAUGUAGCUUAAUCUUUUCUGAUCUACUGGUUCCCUGGGAUGACUUAUCGUCAAGUCAGUGUUUCCUUCUAUACUACCUAUGAUGACAGGCACUAGUUCUACAUAACCAAUAGGUAUAGAAUGAAUGACUUAUAACGAAAAGACAAAUCUGGCUGCAAACGGUUAACUAAAUAGAAUGUAUGGAUUAUUAUAAUUAUUUCAUUAUAUCAUAUACCUGUAUUAUUGUAUUACGUCUGUUAAAGCAUCUUCUACAUUAUACCAGGAUGAAUCUUAGUCAAGUGUGGUCAAUGAUGCAAGACACAUCUUGAGGAUUUUGUGGUCAGAGGCCUAACUACAAAAUUUUGGUUCGGAACCACCACAGUAUGCAGCAUAUCUAGAGGUCACUCAGUAAACUGGUUAAUUUGAAAGAUUUGCAGAUAGUCAUUUCUUUUUAAGUGAAAUAGAUUAAAAUCUGGAAUGUAGUCACAUGUCGCAUGUGCGUCCUUCGACACCAGAGCUUUAGGAUUAUUAUUUAUUAUGUGUUUUGUACUUUGUUAUAAUUGUAUCAGUAAGAGUAAAGCUAUUUAUUUAAUUUAUUGAAUUAUAGUUAGGUGAAUAAGCAUAAUGAAAAUUAUAGAAAGGAUUUGUAAUAGACGAU